AUGGCAUCUCCCUUUUCCAACUGGAGCCCUUCCUCGCUCGCCUCAUCUCAGUGGGAGCUAGAAGCUGGCGAUACUGAUCGCCAUUCACAAGAACAACUUCACUCCACCGACCUACGAUACUCGAACGUCUUCGGUCGGAAAGAAGCUUCGACCGUUGGAGAUAAGUACGUCGAUUGGGUUGGCCCACAGGACCCGCAUAACCCUUUCAAUUGGCCGAUCUCGAAGAAGUGGAGGGUGACGGUUCUGGCGUGCUUCAUGACCUUCGUGGUUCAAAUCAACGGGACGGCCAUGACGAGUGCAGCAGAACAGAUCAACGAAAGCUUCCAUGUCAGCGACGAAGACUUCCCACAUUCAUAUUGGCCUGUCCUAUCUUGGACCAUAGGUGGUGCUGCUGCUCCUAUGCUGGGGCUUCCACUCAUGGAGAACUUUGGAGUAAGAUGGAGUUACCUGGUCAUCUACGCUUUCUUAAUCAUCUUCCUUAUCCCUCAGGCACUAGCGAACAACUUUGCUACACUUAUUGUAACGCGGAUCAUCACUGGUGGUUGUUCCGGAGUCCUAGCAAACAUCACCAGCGGCAUCGUCAGCGACAUGUGGAGGGAUGGUAAGGCUAAGAGCUUUGGAACAUCUCUGUAUAUCUGGGGCCUCUUAGCCGGUCUAAGCAUGGGCCCCGUCCUGGGAAGCGUAAUAGUCCAAUACACUUCAUGGCGCUGGAUCUUUCUCGUGCAGAUAAUCUUCUAUUGUACACUCAUCCCCAUGCUCUUCCUCGGCCUCCCCGAAGUCCGUCCAGACGUCAUCCUCACUCAGCGCGCUCGUCGCAUCCGCAAAGCAACCGGCGUCCCCGUCUACGCAAAAGCCGAGCAAGAGCACACACUCAUCAGCGACAUCCUCAAAGAGACCCUCAUUCGACCCACGCGCAUGCUCUGCACCGAGGCCGUCGUGCUCUCUUUCGGCCUCUGGUCAGCGUUCUGCGUCGGCACUGCGUUUAUGUUCACACAGUCCAUUACUCAGGUUUAUUCUUCGCUUUACAACUGGUCUUUCUUCGGGACCGGCAUGGUGCAGUCCGCUGUUGUUUUAGGGGAGCUAGUCGGUCUGCUGUUAUCACUUUGCCAGGAUAGUUUGUACUUCCACUCGGCGGCGAAGAAUCACGAGUCGCCCGGCCGCCCCAUCCCAGAGGCACGGCUCUACCUCAGCAUCCCGGCCUCCUUUCUCGGCCUAUCAGCCGGACUUUUCUGGUUCGCAUGGACAUCCUAUCCCCACCUGCACUGGAUCAUACCCACCAUCUCGCUCUCCUUCGUCGGCUUCGGCAUGUUCUGCGCCACUACCGCCGUCACGGGCUACAUCAUGGACGCUUACGCAAAGUACGCUGCCAGCGCUAUAGCGGGCGUAGCUUUCCUGGAGAAUCUGUUUGCGGCGUUCUUGCCGCUCGCGACGCAGAGCAUGUAUCAGACACUGGGGUUUCAGUGGGCGAGCUCUUUGUUGGGAUUUGUGGCGCUGGCGCUGAGUUUUAUGCCGCUUGUGUUGCAGAGCUAUGGGAGGAGGAUUCGGGAAAGGAGUCCUUUUAUGAGGGAGGCGGCGUAUGAUGGCGCAUAG